AUUGAUAUCAUCUCGAAACGUGUCGCCCGCCACUACAGGCUACACAUAGGGCCUCAACAUGCUCGGAUUUGCCCACAGCCUGCCAUUAAGUCUCUUAUCCUUCCUACUCAUCUCCCCAAUCCCAACAUGGCAAGCGUCUCUAGGCCCACGAGAAUUCACUGAACUUUCCUCUUCUCAAAUUUACACUCUAAUACAUACCACCGAUCCAGUGAAGAAUAUCGACCCUUCAAAUCCCUCCUCACAUCUCUCGAAAAUAUUAAUUCCUCGCGCCCCGGAUACCGAGAACAACACUCUAGUCCGAAGUCAUAUCAUCUCUACCCUCAAGGGUUUAGAUUGGCAUAUAGAAGAGGAUGAAUUCACAGACGAUACACCCAUUGGUCAGAAACGCUUCACAAACGUGAUCGCUACGAAAGACCCAGCGGCCACGAAGCGGGUCAUUCUCGCUGCUCAUUUCGACUCAAAGUAUUUUUCAAACUAUCCUAUGAACCAAUUUGUUGGUGCAACCGACUCCGCAGCGCCAUGUGCGAUGAUGCUAGACCUGGCAGAGGCCUUGAACCCACUAUUAGAGGAACGAAGUAAGAGGUUAGAAGAUGGAGAAGAGGACGACGAGGACGUAGCGGAUACGACUCUCCAGCUUGUGUUCUUCGAUGGAGAGGAAGCGUUCUUUGAUUGGACGAACACGGAUUCAAUAUAUGGUGCCAGGCAUUUAGCUGAAAAAUGGCACACGAGCUACACACUCCCCAACACGAAACGACGUUUAUUAGGCCCACACACCACAGAACUUGGCUCGAUAGAACAUCUCAUUCUUCUCGACCUUCUCGGCGCCCCUGAACCGCGUAUCAGGUCAUUUUUCCCUGAUACUGCCUGGCUUUUUGAUACUUUAUCAUCCGCGGAAACACGCCUUGGAAAUAGUGGAGCUUUCGAGUACGACAAGGAUGGGAAGACGGACGGACGACCUGAAAUUCAAACAUGGAAAAGCUUCUUUGUGAAAAGACAAGGACACCCGACUACGUUUGGUUAUAUUGGCGACGACCAUGUUCCUUUCCUCCAGAAGGGAGUGCCCAUUCUUCACCUCAUUGCAGAGCCCUUCCCAAGGGUUUGGCAUAGAAUAGAAGACAACGCAGAUGCGCUUGACAUACCCACGAUGCGAAGAUGGAACCUCAUUCUUCGGGUUUUCAUGUCAGAAUACCUCAACUUGCGACCACCUGAGACGCAUCCAAGAGAGGAAUACCAAGACAAUGUUCAACGCUCGGUAUCUGAGCUCCUUUGAUCUUUUUUGAGGGUAGUGAACUUCGGUAAACUUAUGGGUAUUUACUCUAUGAUGUACGGGCGACAAUUCGAAGCUUUUUCUCUG